CACAUGGUACAAACUGCUGACGAGUUACAUCAGAAAUAUAUUUGUAACCAUCAGCGAGCACAUUUAGACUUAGGACAUUUAGCUUUAGACAUGCUACAAUUAGGCUACCCAGACCUUUCUUGCACUGAUUGCUAUUACCCUCAUCGAACAAGUCCUUCCUUACUUUAUUCUCAAAGGACCCAAGAUGCUUUUGCUGUACUUACCAACAUAGCCCUUACACUUCUUCAACAACAUACUCCUCUCUUCCAACUCCCUACCUUACCAUUCCAAUAUCAAAACACCUUCGACUAUUACCUUGACGAACCUCAAACCUUUAGUUUUGAAGAAUCAGGAAACUUUAAAGACACUCAUCAUUUCUACGAACCAGAAGAUAACCUUCCUCCAUAUAGUGAAGAA